AUGGCCGUUGAGAUUUGGACACCGAGCCCGCAGCGCUGUCAAUCGCCGAGGCUCGCUGGGGGCCCGUCCAUUUCGAGGCCGCCUCGAAGCGAUUCAUCUUCUUGCGCCAUUGUGGCCGGCGCCCUCACUGCUCAUCACUUGAAGGCCACACGGAGGACAUGGCGAAAAUGCCGUGAACGCCAGGCGCCGGUGACGGCCGAGGCGCUUGAAGGCGCGCUGCCUCCCUACUGCGGGCUUCUGAGAUCUCCUGACUUGGAGGUGCUGAUCGUGGGUGUGGCGCAUCGGGACGGCGGUGUCUCCGGCGAUGCCGCCCGGCGCAUGAUCGCGGAGUUUCAGCCCAGCGUGUGCCUCGUCGAGCUGGACCAGCAGCGCUUCUCCCGGCUGCUGGCCUGCCGCCGUGGCUUGCCCUGGCCCUACCUGCCGGUGCGGGGUGCCAGCUUUCAGCCCAGUCCCCAGCAGAAGGCCAUGCGAGAGGCGCUCUUCUCCGGCCUGGAGCUUGCCCAAAGCAUCGUCGGGAACAAGGACACUGGCGGAGGAGAUGAGUUCUAUGAGGCCUUCCUUGCCGCGGAGUCCUGUGGGGCCCUGGUCUUGCCGGGCGAUGUUCAAAUCUCCCGCGCGCUGGACGGCUUCUCCAAGCAGAUCCGAAAGGGUUUCCUUCAGCCCUUUCAGCAGCUGACUGCCGGGGCUGCUGCCUUCACCAGAGCUGUCGGGGGAUUCGUGCGACCCAGCUCUACCGGGCAGGUCGCCCGUGUACUUGGCGUAGCCAUGCCUGCGGCGCUGGUCUCGGAGGGCGGGGGCAGGGCUGUCCCGCUGCUGCGGGCCACCUUGAUCGGCUUCCUGGUGGCCAACUUUGUGUCCCUCGCCAUGGGAGGCAAUGGUUUUCAGGACAACAUCGAAGGCCUGCGCCGCAUGGAUGUCGAAGGCCUCACGGACGUUGCCAUCGCUCUCUCGGGCCUGGCCUUUGCUCUUAUCGGCGGCAGCGCUUUUCUGGUGUCCUUCCUUCAAGCGCGCGACGUGCACAUGGCCUCCAGGCUCCUGCAAGUUGUCGAGCUGAUCCGGCAGGAGGACCUUGAGUCAGUGCGCUUCAGGUGGCUAAAGAGCUCCUGGGCUGCAGAGGAGCCUCCAGAAGCAGAGGCCAAGAUAUCGGGAGGCACCUUAUCCCAAGGCUUUCCGUUGCUGGAGGUGAGACCCAGGCCGCCGGACGCGCUGCCGCUGUUCACAGUGCGCCGACCAUUGGCGGAAGGGGAGGUGAGGAACUUCAGCCUCUUCGAACCCCGGUUCCUGCGCUUGUUCGAUCAGCUCAAGGAGGCGGGCCAGGCGCGAAACGGCCUACGCCUGGCGGUGGCCUACGCCCCUUACGGGGUGGAGCAGCCGCUGGGCCUUUGGUGCCAGGGCCACCUGCCUGCGCCUUUGCCGGCGGAAGAGCUUCCGCCUCUGGCGGUGCAGGUGGAGGUCAUCCUGGACUCACAAGUCCGCAUUGUGGAAGUUGAGACCAUCGCUGAGGGCCUCGGCGAGGAGACCAGGGGACGCAUUGCGCGAUAA